AUGUCUCAUCUCCGCCUGCAUCUCCUCCCCACCUCCCUCCUCACCCUCCUCCUAACUUUCGCGCCCCUCCGCACCCACGCGAGUUGCUAUGUCGCAGCGUACGGCGUGAUAGGCGAACAAGGCUGGGACGCUUGCCCGGGCACCGCAGUCUCCGGCGGUAUCGAAACGUGCUGUCUCCCAGGCUCGCAAUGCGGCGAGGACUCGCUGUGUCGCGUGCCGGCGUCCGAGAACCCGGGCACGAACGCGUACUAUCUGGCCGGGUGCACGGAUUCGACGUAUUCGAACUCGUACGAGCCCGCGUCGGGAGUCUGGAUGUGCUGUGGAGACGGAGGGUGCAAUGGCACAGUGACGGACGCGACGUUCGCGGGCGUGGCGCCGGCGAAUUGGCAGCACUACGCCCUCGACUCCGACUCCUACGCCGAGUCCUACCACUCCCUCGACUCCCAAUCCGCCUGGAGAGAAGACGACAUCCAGCGUCUCCUCUGCCUCGUCUUCCUCUACAACCAGUGCACCCCUCGGCCCCGCCGGCGCAGUAACAACAUCCAUCUCCUCAGCAGACUUCAAACCAACGCCUCUCUCCUCCAUCCAAACUUCCAGCACAACAAGCACCGCCGCAGCAGGAAGCACAGCCACAGCAAGCACUUCAAACUCCGCCAGUAA